AUGCCUGGGUUCAAGUCAAACUUCCUCUUGGCCGCAUUAGCUGGUGUGUCCCUGGCUAGCAGCAGCGGUCACGUCUCGCAGUCGACAAAGACCGGUUGCUCUUUGCCUACAGCACACCUGAGGAAUGGAACAUACAUUGGUGUCACGGACUCUGUCCACGACCAAGAAUACUUCUUGGGCAUGCCCUAUGCCCAACCUCCCACGGGCUCGCUUCGAUUCGCCGCACCUCAGCCAUUGAAGACUUCAUUCUCAGAGCCCAAGUAUGCCACUCAGUACGGCUACGCUUGUAUUGGAUAUGGCUCCGACACAACGAACUUGGGAACCAACGUCACUUCUGAGGACUGUCUGACCAUUAAUGUCGUUCGUCCGGCCGGAACACAGCCUGGCGAUGACCUUCCCGUUGGUGUCUGGGUCCACGGUGGUAGCUACGUGAUGGGUAGCUCGCGUGACACGAGAUACAACCUGACCUGGAUCGUGGAGCAGUCGGUCAAGGAGGGCAAGCCCAUCAUUGCUGCGUCCAUCAACUACCGUGUCUCUUACUGGGGCUUCCUCUUCAGUGAGGAGAUGCAAAAUGCCGGAGCUGGCAAUGUUGCUUUCCGUGACCAGCGCAUGGCUCUGCAGUGGGUGCAGGACAACAUUCAGGAGUUUGGUGGUUCCGCCAAGGACGUCACGAUCUGGGGCGAGUCUGCCGGUGCUCGCUCGCUCGGCAUGCAGCUCGUUGCACACGACGGUAACCACGGCUCUCUCUUCAGCCGCGCCAUCCUCGAGAGUGGUAGCCCCGUCGCAAAGUUUGCCAACGCUACCACUUGGCAGUCUUACUUUGACGCCCUCGUCUCCAAGACCGGAUGCUCCAGCUCCACGGAUGCCCUGAAGUGUCUGCGCAAGCUGGACUGGCAGGUUCUGAACAGCUUCUUCAAUGGCUCUGUUUCUCUCGGCGUCACUGCCCCGACACUCAGUGCUGUCGUGGACGGCGACUUUAUGAGUGCCCAGGGUGCCGUUCUCCUGAACGAGGGCAAGUUUGCACGUGUUCCUCUUCUCCUGGGUAACAACUUUGAUGAGGGCACUGCCUACGCCAAGACUGGCAUCAACACGACUGAGCAGUUCCAGUCCUACCUUUCCAGCCUGGGCCUCAGCGCCGACCAGGUUUCCAGCGUCACGGAUCUGUACCCCGAUGACCCCUCUGUCGGUAUCCCGGCCUCUUACCCCGACAGGCCCGCUGCCUACCCCUACGGUCUGCAGUACAAGCGAGUCGCUGCUUUUGCUGGUGACUACCAGCAGCACGCCGGAAGACGCCACCUGGCCGAGUCCUACGCCGGCGCCGGCCUGUCCGUCUACUCGUACCUGUGGAACGUGUACGUCAACGGCAUCGCCGCCAUCUACGGCGCCACUCACUUCCAGGAGGUGGCCUUUGUGUUUGACAACACCGACGGCCUGGGCUACUCGACCAACCCAUUCGCGGGCAAGCCCGAGACCUUCAAGACCCUGGCCGACCUCAUGAGCAAGAUGUGGGUGUCGUUUAUGAACGACUGCGACCCCAACCUCGACGCUAGCCAGGACCUGCAGAGCGUCGCCUGGCCGCGGUACACGCUCGACGCGCCCAACAACCUCGUCUUUGACGUCAAUGUUACCGGCCUGUCCUACGUCUCCGAGGACAACUACCGCAAGGCCAACAUUGCCUACCUGCUUGACAGCGUCUUUGUUUGA